CCUCAAGUAAGUCAUUCUGUACGAUAGGUGGCAGUGAUGCACCAUUUGAUUGAAUACCGCGGCGUUAAACACUACCACAACAAACAUGGCAGAAAAGGGUGCUGAAGGAGUUGGAGAGGUCGCCGCAAAAACGACAUUGACAGCGGCGCAGAAACAACUGAAUCGGAGAAGACAAGAGCUGGACUACUGGAAGAAAAACUCGGAGAGGAUACGUAGUCGCAAUCUUUUUACCGGACUUGCAAUUGGGGCAUUUGUGAUCGGCAUGUUCAGCUACACCAUCCUGUCUGUGAAGCAGGAGAGGAUCAUGGAGGACAUUGACGACGAGGCGAGAAUCAACAGAAUCAGAGGCCCCAGAACAGGAGCCAACUCUUAAGGAGUCACCCAGUGGAGAGGCAGUUGAUUUGGGACUGAAGCCUCUCACCUGCCUUGCUUUCUCAUCACCCGUGUUGCGAUGACCCCACCUGGAGAAGCGUACGGAACUGUCAAGCUGUUGCACUGGGCCUAUACCCUCUGGCGUGAGAAUCAAUGUGCCUAAAGAGGCUUAAAUUCAGUUUAUUUUCACAUGCAGUGUUAGUUUUAGGGGGUCUUCCACAAUCACUGGACUAGCUUCAAAUAAAAAGUUCAUAUUACAUUGCUAGGGUCUGUGCUUGAGUGGGAGUUAAGGUGUAUAUAUGUGAAUAUUUGUUCCGUCAUUAAUGUGUAUUAAAUGAUUUGUCUAUACACA